AUGGCGAGACAGCUGCUGCUGAGUGAUCAUUAUUUGCCAGGUGCUAUGGUCCUUGCCCAUUCCCUACGCGACAAUGGCACAAAGGCAAAGCUGGUGGCCCUGUUCACACCCGACAGAUUACAAGCGGCCACCAUCGAUGAAUUGAGAACGGUCUAUGAUGAGCUCAUCCCUGUGAGCUCCAUGGUAAACGAUACACCCGCCAAUCUCUGGUUGAUGGACCGCCCAGACCUCAUUGCCACAUUCACUAAGAUUGAGCUCUGGCGUCUAACACAAUACCGGCGGGUGGUGUACAUUGAUUGCGAUGUGGUAGCUCUACGAGCCCCCGACGAGUUAUUAUCGUUGGAGGCGGACUUUGCCGCCGCGCCCGAUGUGGGCUGGCCGGAUUGCUUUAAUAGCGGACUGAUGGUGCUCCGGCCUAAUCUGCAGGACUAUUAUGCGCUCCGGGCUCUGGCUCAACGAGGCAUCAGCUUUGAUGGCGCCGACCAGGGAUUGCUGAACAUGCAUUUCCAGGACUGGCAUAGGCUAAGCUUCACGUAUAAUUGCACCCCAAGUGCCAAUUACCAGUACAUUCCUGCGUACAAACACUUCCAAAGUACCAUCAGUCUGAUCCAUUUCAUUGGCUCGCAGAAGCCAUGGAAUAUGCCCAGGCAGAUUGUACCGCUGGAGUCUCCGUACAAUCAGCUGCUAGGCCGUUGGUGGGCCAUCUAUGACAAGCAUUAUCGUUUGCCUUUUGUAACACCAAGCGGACCGCAGGGAUAUCAUGAUGUCGCAUCUCACGAAAACCACUACGAACAACCGGCGACGUCUGAGACAUGGCCACAACCAUAUCACGUUGCUUCGCAGGAAGACGAACAGCCUGGAAGUUCUCACCAUGAGCAUUCACAUCAGGAUGCGCCCUCGUUCGAGCAUACUCAUGGAGAGACCCAGCACCAGCAGGGUCAUAGUGAGCCAACCUACCACACCCACGCACACCAUAACCCGGUCCCAGCUCCCAUUCUCAGUAUGGUCCCACAGUAUGUUCGUGGAGAGGAAAAUGUGUCGACAUUCGUUCCACCAAUGCCUCACAGUGCUCCAAUCACCUUUGCGCCUCCAUUGAGUCAUGAAAAAUACCAGACCUCACAGGCGCACCAUGAGCCACCCAAUGAGGGUGACCAUGGACAAGAGUCUCAUCAACAAUCUGAUGGUGGUCAUAUCCACCAGCCACAGCCAGUGACCCCGAUUACCUCCAUUGUCGAGUCAUUCCAACCGCCUCGCUCUCCAUCGCCCGAGGUUCCAAUGUUUGAGGCUCCUCAAUCCGAAUGGAACCCUGCAAGGGAACCACCGCCAGCCAACACCAGACCCGAAGGACUCAGUCUUCAAGAAAAGACCUACUUCAUGUCCGAAGACACCCAACUAUUCCAACCACCAACCUCCUACCCGGAGGCACCGAAAAACAUGUACUACAAAGUUCCCAGCACAAAACCAGAACCCGAAACGCAUACCACUGUUUUCCCUUGGGAGCAUCAUGCACCCAAACCCACCCGUGUCUUUGCCGAGGAGCCAAUCUGCAACAAACCUUUCCAACCACCCACCCACGAGGAACCACAGGAAACCCAAGAACACCAAUGGCCUACCAACGAGAAUCCCCAAGAAUCCUCACAGGAAGCCAUCCCCGAAUCCACGAACCAACCCACCGAACCCAAGCCCCUCUUCAAACCAGACCUCCCCACCCCAGGGCCCCUAUACACGCGCGUCCCCUACUCACCCAGCCUAACAUACAACAGCUACGACCGCUCAAACGCAUGGGACGAAGACCCUGAGAUUCAGCGCUUCAUCGAGCGACAACAAGCGCGCCGCAAGCCGCCUCCAUCCAGCCCUGACAAAUCACCUUCAAAGAUAACGGAUUUCCCAACUGAGAUCGAGCGCCCCAGUUUGCCCGUUACGCCUGCGCCGAUCCACCGCACACUCAGUGAGGAUAGUACUUCUUUGCCUUCUGCGGAGGGUGUCCCUGACCAGGAAGACUGGGUGGGUGUCACGGUUGAUGCGUUUUCUUCUCUGCUUAGCGCAACGUACUUAUUGUGGCGGUCUACAGAAUCCAGUAGCGAGGCUCGAGGAGCUAAGGCGGAUGCAGGAGGAGGCUUUACAGGAUCCGGAACUGCUGCUUAG